AUGGCUGACGUCCCGCUCUAUGUCGUAUCCGACUACUCGUCUUCGGAAAGACGGAUCACCCCCUCAUGGUCUAUCGCUCAGCUCAAGACCAAGUUGGAGCCCAUCACCGGCAUUCCUCCUUCCUGCCAGCACAUCUUCCUCAAGACCUCGUCCAACGAUGGGAUUCCGAUCGAGGCUUCGGACGAGGAGGCGGUCUAUCUGCAAAGCUUUCCGCUAGCGCCAUAUGCUGAAUUGCAAGUUGUCGAUACGCGGCCAGCGUCUGCCAGGCCCAAUUUCACAAGCGCCGUAGGCGUCGAGAAAUUCGAGCUGCCUGAAGAGGAGUACGAGAAGAAGACGGACUCGGUCCUCGCAUGGAAGAAGGCUCAGAAGCUCGGGCGAUUCGACCCGAACGCCCCGACCCAUGAGCAGGCCAAGAUCGACGCCAUCGCCAAAGAGAUUGGGGCCCGAGGAAUCGCGGUGGGGAAGCGGUGCAGAGUUGGUGGUGACGAUACGAGACGCGGGGAGGUCAAGUACGUGGGGGGUGUCAAGGAGAUUCCGGGUAUUGGUGCCUGGGUGGGCGUCCAACUGGACGAGCCGGUUGGCAAGAAUGACGGCAGCGUGGGAGGUACGCGCUACUGGGGCGAAGAGUCGGAGCUUAAGCGUGGCGUGUUUGUGAGAGCAGAGCGGGUGGAGGUCGGGGACUUUCCUGUUCUGGAUGACCUUGAGGACAUGGAGGAGAUCUGAAGCCCAUCACCACACCAACAUAUGCGUACCAAUGGAAACCUUGACGCCGUCACCAUCUUCUGCUGCCCUUGAGGCUUGAUUGGCUCUCAUCUCGCGCCCAACACCAUCUGCCUAGUUGGCUAGUCGCAGAGGCCCGUCCCGAUGCGUUAGUGGACUGCACUCUUCCCCAGGUUCCUGAACAGCUGCGCGAAACCGCGGCAAGAUGGUGUCCCAGUCAUCCUCCAGUGACUCCGUCUUGCUCGCAAGCGCUAGCACUCCCUGAUACACUUCCCGUUAUUUUGUUGGCACCGAAAAAGCCGCCAGCUUGUAAGCAGGUGGCUGGCCCUUGAAGCCGACCUCGAGACUGCCGUUUCCCAAGCUUCUGCGCCAUUGCCGUGUUACCAACAUCUCACCGGGCUUGCAAAACUAAGUGAGAUUUUCCGCCGAGCAAAUAUCUCGUCCAAACAAGCUCCAGAAAGAUGCCAUCAAGAUAUACCAUCACCAGCUCUGGUAAAGGGGCUCAGGGGCAAUCAGGCACUGAAAACCUCGAAACGACAAAUGCGACAAAGGGAGGAUAUGUCUACUCAGGUACCGAAUUUGCAUUUAACCGCAUCUCUCACUGCGAGGUAUGGUGCAAGGGGUUGAUGGGCCCCGUAACGCCUGAUGUUCGAACUCCAUGCAGGGCAAGACGUUUACCCCUGAGUGCAACGCUGCCGUUAACAGGCCAUCUGUAGCAACCCUCUCAAAUUACCACAAAAUAUCCAUUUUGCGUCUUCGCCAUUUCUUAUGCAGAUAACUCAUCAUCACUGGAUAUUUUAUCUCUCGAAACAUCAGCUUUUCUCUCCAAUAUUGUCUUGCCAAAUAUCCUUUUUGUUGACAAGUCGGCAUUUGAUUAGUGGUAGCGCUGUCAGCAAAAACACCAAGCGUUGUUUAGCAUCUGAGACUCGGAACGUCGAUCACAGAGACAGGAUCUCAAGGAGCAAAAAGCUUCCGAGCCAGCCAAAACAUCUACGAGUCCAAACAAAAGUGUUUUCUUUCGGAUCACUUCCGAAGUAAUCGUCGUUGGAUCAGCUUCGCUUUUGUAUGCUGCGUGCAAAAAAUAGAUCCAGUUUACCUACGGCUUUGAGGCUCCACCGAACAGCGCAUUCUCUAGUUCAAGUCGUCUCCAACAAUAUACACCAUUAACAGUCAUCCAUG